AGAUUAGAAAGAGGUCUUUGAUAAUGUGGUGGUGCUUUUUUUUCACUUAAUUUGUCAAACUCACUGAGUGAGAGAAUCUCUUUCUCUCCGAGUCACUCUUUUAUCAGUUCUUUUUUCACCUUUUUUAGAUUAAUUUAAAAUUAAAAUAAAUUUUUUGGCAGUAUUUUGGCUGUGCAGAAAAGGAAGACGUAGCAGGGAAAAAUUCACAAAUAUCGAUUAAAAGUCAAUGGUGUGUGUUUUGGGGCAGAAAUAAGGGGUUUUUUUAGUGUGUUGGGGAUUGUAAGUACGGGACAUAAAAGAAAAGAAGAAAAAAAAACAGCCACGGUGUGUAUUUAAAGUAAAAAAAAAUGUUAAACAGAGGGAAAAGAAGUUAUUACCAUAAGUUCAAAUCAUUGUUCAUCAUGGUGUGAGUUUAUUUUUGUGUGAUUUUAAUUAAAUUGUAAAUUUUUUGCCCUCUAAAACGAGAGAUUGUGACCGUGGUGAAGUGAUAAGGAGGAUUUUAAGAGUAGUAGCACCUGAUGUAGGAAGUGCCUUUGGGGGAGUACAAAUGUCCUGAAGAAGAAAUUGACGUGUGUGUUUUUUGAAGCUUUCGGGACACACUCAAAAUCGAAAGUUUCAGUGUAAAGGGAUAGAGAGAGGGAGAGAGAUAGGAAGCUCAGUGGGGAGGAGGUUUUGGGAAAAAAAUAAAAAGGAUUUAGACAGACAGAGAGAGAGAGAGAGAGACAGAGAUAAAAGCGAUAUUCCAACUAUUCCACGUGGUGAUGAUUAACGCACAGACAACAACAACAGUGUGAAAUGAUGGCAGGAAAAGACGACAAAAUGGAGAGGAGUGAUAUCGAAACAAUUGCCAAUGUAGAUCAUAGUCAUAGCGUUAAGGAUUACUUUAGGUACGAUGAGUUCCUGCAGUCGACUGGGGGCCAGGCUGUCAGUGGUUGGGGCAGUCCGGCAAAGGGUGCCACAUGGGGUGAUAAUACUGCGGGAGGUGGUGGUGGGGGAGGAGGAGGAGGAGUUGGUGGAUCUGAUCAAAUGGCCAAGACGACAUCCAAUGCAGCACCAGAGGAUAAUUGCAAUGAAGAUGGUGGUGCAUGGGGUACUACAUCGACACUCAAUUUGGGCAUUGUAAAGCCACCAUCGCAAUUUGAUUGGCCCCCACCGCCCAGUGGCGGCAAUAAUGGUGCUAAUAAUAAUAAUAAUGUUGUUGUUGUUGGAGCCAGUAAGGUGGUGCCAAAGGGUGGGGAGAUUUCGGGUGGUAUUGUUGAUGGUGGUGGUCAGGCCAGUGAUAAUCCCAAUGGGAGUGUGAAUCUUAAUCAAGUGGUGAAGCAGCAGCAGCAGCAGCAGCAGGAACCAUCGACGGGUGAAUCAGAAGCAGCAGCAGUACCCGUAGCACCGGCCAAUGCUGCUAAGAAUCAACUCAAUCAAUUGCGUGAUGCCCUGUAUGCAUAUGAGGGAUGGGGAAAGGAUCAUGUCAAUCAGGAGACUCAGUGGGAGGUGGCAUUGUCACCGACGAAAUCUCUAGAGGUGUCUGGUGGUGUUGAGGCACCAACGGGCACAGAAUUGUGGCAUCUGACAAAAUCGGGUAAGACGGUGGUGCAGCAAACGGGCGGAGAGGGUGAAGAACGUGGUACAACAAUGUGGGGUCAUGUGCCAUCGUCCAAUUUUGGCGGGACCUGGGGUGAUAAUAGUGAAAUUGAUGAGGGCGGUGGUAGUAGUGUAUGGCCAACGACACCCAGUAUGCCAACCAGAGAAUUCCAAUGGGGCAUUGUCGAGGGCAUUCCGGCAGUUAAUAAGGCUCCAGGUGCUGCUGUUAUUCCUCCCCCAUCUGCAGCUGCUGCACCAUCUGUCAUUGAACCGGAUACACCUGGUGCCUUGGGUGGUGGUAAUAUCUGGUCAACAGGACCAGGAAUUCCAGGUGCAGCAGCAGUUCCGGGUGGAGGAGCAUGGAAUGAUAGUCGGGCGGCUGAUUCAAUGAUCAGGGGCGGUGUCACUGGACGUCUCAAUCUCAUGGAUAAUAACCCAUCGAAGGUACCGGGUUGGGGUGAUGAUCCCCUGGUACAAUUGCCACCAACUCAGCCAUCUACAUCCUUCUGGAGUCAACAUCAGCCACCACAGGCCGUCCAGGCAGCACCUCAGCCUACCACAGGUGCUGUCAGUUGGAAUCACGACAUUCCCGAUGUCAGUGGGGUGAGGAGUCGCCUGGCACCUGGUCCCAUGCAACCCCCACCAAAUCUCCCAGAUCGCUUUCCUCCCGGAAAACCCGAUACAAAUCCCUGGGGUCAUCAGGGUAUUACGAAAAAUGGGCUGUGGGAUCAAAUAGAUAGACCCACACCAGAGUCAUCAUCUCAGGCAGCUGCUGGGGGACUGUGGGGUAAAUCGGGUGGCAACAAGGGUGGUGGCGGUGGCGGUGGGGUAUGGGCAGAUCCAGGUGACUAUCGCAAUUGGACACCAAAUGGCCAAGCAACCCAUUUCACUAAUGCACCACCAAAUGGCAUGAAUAAAUUUGCAAUAGGCAGUGGUGGCAAUCGCAUGGGUGGGACCAAUAAGGUCCAGGAGAUCAUAAGGAGCAGCAAACAAUUCCGUCUGAUGAGCACAAUGGGCUACAAGGCUGAUGACAUUGAGACGGCCCUUCAGAUGACAAAUAUGAAUAUGAAUGAGGCCGUUGAAUUAUUAAAUCAAUCACAGAGGGCUAUGGGUAAAUUUGGUGGUGGAGUAGGAGUAGUAGGCGGCGGCGGAGAAGAUUUCUGUGAGCCAGGACGUGCCUUAUCUGGGCGUUUUCCUCCACCACCACCACCGUCUCAUCCGCAACAACAACAACAACAACAAACGACUGGCACUAUCAAUGGCAGUGGUUUGGACAAUGCACAGCAGCUGCUACCUAUUCAGAAGUACCUGAACCAGGCUUCCAACAAUCCUUUGGUAUCAUCAUCACAAGGGGCUGCUGGGGGUGGCAUUAACUUAAAUCAACUCCAGGCAGCUAAUCAAACCACCGAACCAUCCAUUCAUCAAUUGCGUGGUCUUGUGCAGCAAAUCGAAAUGGCAGUCCAGGCGGGUUAUCUAAAUCAACAGAUUCUCAAUCAACCGCUCUCUCCUCAAACUGUGCAACUUCUAAGUCAACUCUUGAAUACUAUCAAGCACCUUCCUGCACCUCAAAAUCAAAUAUCUUCUCAGCCAUCUGUCUUCAAUAAGCAACAAUCAGUUGCUGAUUUUCAACGGGCUCAGCAGCAAUUCGAUCCACUCGGGUCAUUGCAAGGGAAUUUCUCAGACUUGGCAUUAAGUAAGCAGAAUCCAAAGCUGCCAUUUGUCCAAGCUCAGGCUACAACUCAAGUGCAGAGUAGACUCAACCAGUGGAAACUUCCGCCUAGUGUGAAUCCAGACAACGACAUGGCGAAUUUUUCCAGAGCUCCAGGAACUUCUACUAAGCCACCAAAUCUCACAAUGAAUUUUUCCAUGAAUUAUGAAGGCAGUCCUUGGUCUUCCGAACCAAAUAAUGCAUCUGAUGGAUGGCCAGAUAUUCCAGAAUUUGAACCAGGAAAACCAUGGAAGGGGCCUCAAAUCAAGACAAUGGAAGAUGAUGAAAUGUGAUGAAUUUUGAGUUUAACAAUUUUACAACAAGCAAAAAAAAUGGGAAAACAAAAAGAAUAUCGCGUGUAACAAUUAUUAGAAAGGGGCGGGGAGGGGGGAUGCAAAGAACAACUAGCAAGGAAAAAAAAGAGUAAUGACUGGGAUUAUCAAAACAAACAAACAAAAAAAGAGGACGCCAAAAAAAAAGAAGUAAUCUGUUUAUAUAUUUUUCCUGUCCUUCCUGCAAAAAAAAAAGAAAAUAAGAAAAGAAUGCAAAGUUACAAAGAAUAAAAAUUCUCACUUAAUUUUAUACUGAUAGCAAUGAAACGUUGAAUCACACAUCUAAUUUACACAGUAAUAAUGUAAAACAAUAAAGAGAUGAAGAAAAAAAACACACUACAUGCCUUUAGAUGUUUAAGAAUGACAAAAAAAAAAUGAGUGGAUAGAAAAGUGAAGUUGAUGAAAAAAAAAACCGAAAGUAAAUGAAAAAUUUAGCGUUUAAAAGAAAAAUUAAGUAAAAGAAAAAAAACAAUGAGGAAAAAACUUCUAUGAUUAGUGAAACAAGAAAAAAAAGUUUUUAAGGUGUUAUAAGCUGUAAAAUGUAAUGGAGAUUGAUUAAACUGUGAUUUCAAAAUAGCAAAGUACAUAAAUGCCACUUUUAAAAUGAAAAAAAAAAAUCAUGUUAUCAGUUUUCUUUCCUGUUUGUAAUCAAUGCAUAGACAUUUUAAAGAGAAAAAAAAGAUGAUAAAAGUUUUUAAUUAUUAUUGUAAUGCGAUUAUUGAAUCGUUUUUUCUUCUUCAUAUUUUUUUUUUGGUAUUGUAAUUGUUCAAGAUUUUUUGCACAUAAUUAAAAGAGAGAAAAAACAAAAGAUGUACACACACAAAAAGGAGUGAUGUGAAGGAGAGAGUGGAAGAGAGUGAGAGAGCCUUUGAAGAAGGAGGAACGAUGAAGGGGAAAGAAAGAUUGAUGAGAAGGAGGUAAUACGACAGAGAAAUAAUUAAAUUAUUGUAAUGAUAUUACAAAAAGAGAGAAAGAAAAAAAAACAAAAAAUAAAUAGUUGUUUAGGUAUUAGAUACGAAUAAUGUUUAACCAUAAAUAUGUACAUCUUGUAUACCGUUAUGGUGAAGUUCGUGACUUUGAAACAAUAAUACCGUGUGUUCUAAGAUGCA